AUGGGCGUCCUUUCCUCGUCCCCCGCUCUCCUCCGACAAGCCGCCGCCCUCGUCUCCGGCGCGGGCCGCCGCUGCUCCAGGCCAUCCGCGCCCUCUCACCUCGGCCGCCUACCCAUCCAGGUGCUUGCUCAUCUCCACUCCCCACUCCCCCUCGCUCCCUACAGCGUUUUGUCCCAUGUGUGGACAAUAGCUUCCAUUACUCUGCGCCUGCGGUGCGAGCACCUCAGUAGUAUUGCUGUUGCUUCUCUUGAAACAUCAAUCUCUGGAAUGCUUCAUUUGCUCAUAGGUUGCAGUACGCUGUACGCAUGUAAAAUCCUAACGCUGGCCACUUUUCUUCUCUGCUAUUUGCUAGAAUGGGGCAAGCGACGCAUACCGUCGGUUCUGGUCACGAGGCUGUCUCAUGUCAACCACAGGAAUCUGUGCAAAAUUUCAGUUGAUAUGCAGCUAGACUACGAAAGUGAUCCCCCACCAGAUGAUGCGAAAACUUUCGAGAAAGAGUCAACACUGAAUGGUGCCGUCUCUCAACUCGCAAGUGAUUUUGAUAGAGAUUCCAAUCUCACUUUGGAGCGCUUCUCCCGGACAAGGCGUGCAUCUGUCAUUUCAACCGGUUCACUUAAGCUUGAUCUCGCUCUUGGCAUUGGAGGAUUACCAAAGGGUAGAAUGGUUGAAAUAUUUGGGAAAGAGUCAUCUGGAAAGACAACACUUGCACUUCAUGUUGUGAAGGAAGCCCAGAAGAAUGGAGGUUAUUGUGCUUAUAUUGAUGCAGAAAAUGCUUUCAACACUUCAGUUGCAGAAGCAAUUGGUGUGGACAUUGAUAAACUCCUAAUAGCUCAACCUGAUUCUGCUGAAAACUCCUUAAGCAUAGUGAACACUCUUGUUGGUGGAUCCAUUGAUGUUGUUGUCGUGGAUAGUGUGGCAGCACUUCUUCCCAAAUGUGAACUUGAAGGUGAAAUACACAUGAAAUAUGCAGACCUACAAUCCCGUUUAAUGACUCGGGCACUUCGAAAAAUUCAAUACACAUUAAGUCGCUCAGAAACACUUAUUAUUUUUGUGAAUCAGGUUAGAACAAGGCGGGAUCCAUUUUCUGGUCUCUACAAGGAGACGACCUGUGGUGGCAAUGCAUUAGGGUUCUAUUCAGCAGUCAGAAUGCGGACUUCGAGAAGGAAACUGCGCUAUAGCGAAGACCAGGCUACUGGCAUCGGUAUAUCAGUUGAGAUCAUCAAGAACAAACUAGCUCCAGCAACUUUGAAGGAAGCUGGUAUCGACAUCAGGUUUGGUAGGGGAAUCUGCUAUGAAUCAGAGAUUCUGGAGAUGGCUUCUUCCCAUGGAGUUAUUGUGAAGGAAGGGUGUGGGUAUUGGAUCAACGGCAAGUUACUGCCUGACAAGGGAGAAGCGGAGAAGUUCCUGCUUGAGAAUGAUGCCGUGGCAGAUGACAUCUGCAGUACCAUGAGAAGCGAACUCUUUGAAAGGUGACAAACGAAGGCCACUGGAAAUUGGAUGUCCAAAUUUUUUCUCCUCGCCAAAUUGACACAAUGUAAAUAUUGAAAAUCCCAGGAAUAUUGUGUGUGGUCUGAUUUUAUUGCCCGAUUUAUUAUUUAUCUGGUGAAGUGAGGAUGAGGGAUGCAUGACCAACUAGGGCUGAUUGCCACCAUCAGCCUGAUAGGUACUGUGAUACCACAAGGUGUAGAUUUCUGCCCUCUGGAAUUGUACUGUGACCACCGUAGUUGUUGUAUCAUGUGCUACUAGGGUACUUCCUGUGUAACUUCUAGGGUGCUAACACCAGAAAGAUGAAUAGAAUGCACAUGCAAGGAACAAGCGAACACAAGUUAUACUGGUUAUCCGUUCCAAAUAAUGUUGUUGAAUAAAAUUCGGAUACAUUAUUCCUGCA